AUGGAUGAUGUUGAAAAAGGCAAGAAGAUCUUUAUUCAGAAAUGUUCUCAGUGCCACAUGGUUGAAAAAGAUGGAAAGCGCAAGACAGAACCCAAUUUUGGGGGUUUAUUUGGCUGCAGAACAGGACAAGCUGCAGGAUUUUCUUAUCAGAUGCAAACAAGAACAAAAGUAAAACUAACAGGAGUUAUCAGGAGUAAGAGUACACUGAUGGAGUAUUUGGAAAACCCUAAGAAAUACAUUCCUGGUACAAAAAAGAUUUUUGCUGGAAUGAAAAAGCAGAAUGAAAAAGCUGAUCUUAUUGCAUACUUGAAAAAAACCAACUUCUUCAUGAAAUAUUGCUGCAGCAGCU